CCACCCACAACCACACCUACGUCACCAUCCCCUAAGGUUGCACCAGCCACAAGCCCAACAGUCCCACCCCCACUACCACAAAGUCCACCUGUCUCAACUCCAUCACAGCCACCAGCACUGCCGCCACCAUCACCCGUUUCACCACCACCAUUGCCACCUCCUGUACCAGCACCAAUUCAAGCACCACCAGCACCAGCUCCUGUUAAAGAGACACCAGCACCAGCACCAGCUAAGGUAGCACCAGUGCCCUCACCAUCAAAACCACCCCCAGCACCAGCUCCAGCACCAGUUCUUGUGCCACCAGCUGCAGCACCAGUGCUAGUACCGUCAACUGCUCCUGCUCCACCCAAACACAGGAGGCACAAGCACAAGCACAGGAGGCAUCAUCAUGCACCAGCACCUGCACCAACUGUACUAAGCCCCCCAGCACCACCUACUACAGUGACAGAUACAGAGGAAACAACACCGGCACCAUCACCCAGUUUGAAUUUGAAUGGAGGAAAUGCACUGCACCAGAAAGGAGGGAUAUCGGGAAUGUGGGUUACAACUGGAUUUGCAAUUGCUAUACUGCUGGCAAUGAGAAGCUAAAGUUCUUACAGAUCUUAGACAACGGACUGUGAAUUUAUUCGUAUAUUGCAAGAAGAUUUUUUGAGAAGAAGGUGUAUUGCAAGAAAAUGAUUAUUCCAGAUGUAGGAAUGAAUAAUGCAAAAGAUGAACCAUCAAUAUUAGCAUUUUUGUAUUU